AUGACUGGAAGGCCAUUCGUGGGCUUGAGACAAGGUCGCAGAAGCUUGCUCGUCGUCUGCCUCUUGGGCCUCUACGUGUGCCAGCUCUGCUUCGUGGCCCCAGGGUCUCAGCGUGCGCCCUCCGGGGCCUCCGUGUCUCUUCGCGCCGCCAAAGGAGUGACACCCGUCGUGGACGAUUCCGACCUGUCAGACUCCGACUCGUCCGACUCGGACAAGUCAGAGCCAUCAGAGCCCGAAAGCCGAAAGAAGGCUUCCUUUGACGACAUCCUCACCGAGGCAGACAAUUUUGCAACAUCAAUCGAGCGCAAAAGCAAGCGAUCAACUGCAGUGGCUCGCGUCUCCUUGGAAGACGAGCUCCGCGGCUUGUCGCUGGAAGAGGACACCGACCUGGACAUGAUGAUGAUGAGCCGGGCUCGGGGUGGAAAAGCGAAGACCACCACGUUGAGCUAUCGCAUCAAUCGCUGGUUCGAGGAAACGAAGGAGAUGAUCACGAACCCGACCAGGAUCCAAAUCACAUAUGCCAUGGUUUUCUUCUCGUGCUUUGCCAGCUUGAUGAUCAUGGGAGUGAUCACGUUUGCACUGGGAGGCGUUCGAUUGCAAGGCGACGGUGUUGAGUCCGCCAUGCGUCAAAAGAUGAUGAGCGGGGAUGCCUUCAUGCAGCGCUUCAACAUGAUCCGGGAGAACAAGCGAAAAUUUGCAGAGAUGGACGACAUCCGAAAGUACACCAGCGACCUCUACACCCUGAAUCCGGACAGCAAGAUCAACUUUGCGCCUAAGCAGUUGGCAGAGAUCACCCCGGAAGAUGUGAUUGGCGAGUUCUAG